AUGGAGAACGCGGCUGCCAAGGAACUCACCCACGGCCAACCUGUGGACGCAGAUGCGGAACCGGUAGUCGUGGUCACGGGGGCGGCGGGCGGGAUGGGGAGGGCGAUCGCCGAGGCCUUCGCGGACCAGGGCCGAGCCCUGAUCCUGUGCGACCUGGCGCCCAUGUCGGAGGCGCAAGCAGCCAUCACGGCGUCACGGCCGCCGCUGCCAUUUAUCACGACGGUCCAGGGCGACAUCUCAGACCCGGGGUUCGGGGACGAGGUCAUCGCGGCGCUCAACGGGCGCAAGGUCAGCGUGCUCGCGCAUGCGGCUGGCGUGGCGCCCUCGUUUCAGAACGGGCCACGGAUCUUCGACAUCAACUUCACGGCCAGCAAGAGCCUGGUCGAGAAGAUGCAGCCGCACAUGGACGCCGACAGUGCCGUCGUGCUGGUGGCGUCGCUGUCGGGGACGUUCAUCACGACGUUUGCGGUCGACAUGGCCGUCAAGAGGCACCUCAAGGGCCACUGGUCACCGACGGUGUGGCUCAUGUCCAAGUGGGCUUACACAUCGUACGCCAUCUCGAAGCGAUGCGUGCAGCUCUACGUGCAGACCAUGGCCACGAGGCUGGCGGAGAACAAGGUGCGGAUCGUGAGCGUGUCGCCUGGGGUCAUUGACACGGACAUGAUGGCCGAUUACUCUGAGCAGCCGGCGGUGGCAACAUUUGUGGGGUCUUCGAGCCUGGGGAGGAUGGGCAGAUCGGACGAGGUUGCAUCGGUUGUGGCGUUCCUUGCAUCGCCGGGUGCCAGUUACUGCACUGGGAUCGAUGUGCUGGUCGAUGGGGGCCUCACAGCUCAGAAGGGGAGGGCCAUAUGGACCACGCUAAAGGCGCUGAGGAAGAAGAAGUCCAGCUAG